AUGAGUGCACGAGGUAGUCAAAAAGGGGAUGGGGAGGAAGCUGUGGAGAUAAGCAAGCUAUUAAUAUCACAAGAGAAGCAACGCGCUGAUCUCGAAGCUAGGCAAUGCAAUGAGAUUAACAAAUUCCACACAUGGGUAGAGGAGGAGAUACUGGCUGUGUGUCGCAUGGACACACCCCAGCAAGCCACUCAGGGCCAACAAGCAAAGGAGAAGAGUGUAUGCGAAUACCUCUUGAAUAAGCGUUACGGCAAAGAG